CCAAUACCAAUAGAAGCAAAAAAACUUUGAAAAGAAAGAGAUGAUAUUUUGAGAAUACCUUCUGGCUCCUUCUUCAAUGGCCCCCCGAAACUUUAGUCGGAUCCAAUCUGACCCUACUUUUGAUUUUUCCCGUCCCAAAUUCCAAAUAUAAAUUAGUAUUAAUAAAGUCAUUAAGGAAAAUUCCCACAAUUAAAGCAUUUUUAUUCUCUUUUUAGUUACUAUCUAAAAUAAAUACCAGUACUGUUUCUUCAACCUUCUUUGGGAGAACCUUCUAGAAAAUAAAUAUCAUAACUAUCCACCCACCGCACCUCUCCGCCAUUUUGAGUGAUUUGUUUUUUCUCUUUUUCCAGAUUUCAUUUGCUUCUGCGGCACUUUUGUGAGCAGUUUGAAAGGUUGAAGAAGAAGCAUUUUCACACAGGUUUUGGUACAGAAAAUUAAGCUGCUUGUUUGCGUUUUUCCGGUUUAAAUCUGUGGUGGCGUGUUGUGUUUGUGUGAAAUGAGCGGUGACGGAGCUGUUAGCGGCGGCGGCGGAGGGAGCAGCGGAGGAGAGACAACGAAAUUGGAGACGCAGAGGUCCAUUAAUCCGACGCCGUUUCUGACAAAAACGUAUCAAAUCGUGGAGGAUCCGAAAUUGGACGAUUUGAUCUCGUGGAAUGAAGACGGGACGUCCUUCGUCGUAUGGCGGCCAGCUGAAUUUGCCCGUGAUUUGCUGCCUAAAUAUUUCAAGCACAACAAUUUCUCCAGUUUUGUACGGCAGCUCAAUACCUAUGGAUUCCGGAAAGUUGUUCCCGAUCGGUGGGAGUUCGCUAACGAUUGUUUCCGGCGAGGCGAGAAAGCGAUGCUCAGAGACAUCCAUCGCCGGAAAAUCUCGACCGGAGUUUCCACUGUCCCGGCGGCGCCUCCCACCGCCGUACCAACCGCGCAGCCGUUGCAGGCGGUCGCUCCGGUAGCGGUUAUCCAAAUCUCUCCGGCAGACUCCGGCGAUGAACAGGUUCUCUCCUCCAACUCGUCCCCGGCGGCGACCGGGGCAACAGCCACCACGCCUCGGGCCUGCGCGUCGGCGCCGGAGAUAAUGGAGGAGAACGAGAGGCUGAGGAGGGAGAAUUCGAAACUGAGGCACGAAUUAAACCGACUGAGAAGCCUUUGCGGGAAUAUAUACAACCUGAUGUCUGGCUUUGCGGCGAAUCCGGGCGAAGCCGUGCCACCGGAGGCGAGGGCCUCGCAGUUACUGCCUGGGAUGAACGGCGCCUCGCCGGAAAACGGCGCCGGAGAAAAGGAGGCGGCGGCGGCGGAGGAGGAGGAUGAGGAGAUUUGCCCUAGGAUAUUUGGGGUGUCGAUCGGUGUGAAGCGGCUGAGGUGCGAGGAAAGGAAAGGUGAGGACCAGCGCACGCUCCUCCUUGGGCCGGAGUAUAAAUCCGAGCCGUUGGAUCACGGGAGCAGUAGCAUCGACGGCCACGAUUCUCCAAAGCUUGAUAAAUUGUGA